CUGUGCUGAACCAGGUGUUUCUACUAAGGACCAGCUGACCUUCAGGCAGGUACCUCAUAAGAGAGGAGAGGGGAUCAGCCCAUCUCCACUGAGAAGGCAAGCAGGGGUGGAGCAGCUUUAGGUGACAGCAGACUCCUUUGUAGCCCUGAAAUGAGGAACUGAUCGAAAUCCAAGUAGAAGAUAAAUUUUGGGAUAAGAAGAAGCCUGUUUAUGCUGAAAAGAAAUCACAGAAGGAUUGUUGAGAAGAAUCUAGAGUUCAAGUUCUGGUCACGUGGUGCGGGAGAUGAAUGUUUCUAACUCAGACUGAGAAAGAAAUCCACACGUAAAAGAUAGUCGAGGUAGGAAAAUGACUCGCCCGGCACAGGAGCAGGAGUUACGAGCCACGUCUCAGUGAGACCUGCGGAAUUAAGAUCAAAUGCCUGGAGAAGUCCAGUUGCACAGAGCAGCGCCGCAGCUCUUGUGAACUGCGGACAUCGACGCCCCUCAGACUUGCUUCUCUGGCCCCAAGCGCUCUACCUGCAUUUCCCCUCUACGAAUGGCUACUCAGAGGAGGCACUUGGUGAAAGAUUUCAAUCCUCAUAUCACCUGCUAUAUUUGUAAAGGCUAUCUUAUCAAGCCAACUACAGUAACGGAGUGCCUCCAUACCUUUUGUAAGACUUGUAUUGUUCAACACUUUGAAGACAGCAAUGACUGUCCCAGGUGUGGCAACCAAGUGCAUGAGACCAAUCCACUAGAAAUGUUAAGGCUGGAUAACACCUUAGAGGAAAUUAUAUUUAAGUUGGUGCCUGGACUUCGAGAACAGGAACUGCAGCGAGAGAUCGAAUUUUGGAAGAAAAACAAACCUCAAGAAAAUGGACAAGAUGAAAGUCCAAAAGCUGAUAAACCCAAAGUAGAUGAGGAGUGUGAUGAAAACGAAGAAGAUAAAGACUAUCACAGGAGUGACCCACAGAUUGCAAUCUGCCUCGACUGUUUACGCAACAAUGGGCAGUCAGGAGAUAAUGUUGUCAAAGGCUUAAUGAAGAAAUUUAUCCGCUGUUCUACUCGAGUGACCGUGGGAACUAUCAAAAAGUUUCUCAGCUUAAAAUUAAAACUUCCAAGUUCCUAUGAGCUGGAUGUACUAUGCAAUGGAGAAAUCAUGGGGAAGGAUCAUACUAUGGAAUUCAUCUAUAUGACAAGAUGGAGACUAAGAGGCGAAAACUUUCGGUGUCAGAACUGCUCAUCUUCGCAAGUCUGCUCACAGGAUGGCACUUUCUAUCAGUCUUACCCUAUGGUACUUCAGUAUCGACCUAGAAUUGACUUCGGUUAGACCAAAGGGCCAGAUCCCACUGAGAUGAAUCCUGCACUAUUUGUUUACCCAUCGACAGAUUGCACAAUGAAUGGAUGUGCCUGGAUUGGGGGGACACAGCCAGAAUUUCAGCAUGCAAAUAAGGACAUUGUCUUUCCUAAAAAUUGUCAGUUGCAUCUCUGUUGUUUCUAUUAGAGCAAGCCAAGUGCCAUUCUGCUACUGAAAUGUGCAUAAGAUAUUUGUGUAUCUUAAGAGUGUGCUGCGAAUCAUAGCCAAAAUCAUGAAGUGUACAGUCAAGACUCAAAACCUAUGGAAUAUUUUUGCUUGCGUGUUAGAAAAUUUUUCUGGUCCUAAUAUUGACUACACUAGCAAAAUGGCAGAGUACUCAUUCAGUGGUGUUGCAGUUUCACACACUUACUAUUUUACUGAAUAUUGUUGUUCAAAUCAUAGAGUACUGUAAAAAUAACUAAGGAUUAUACCUUGAUGAUAUUUUGUAUAGAAAAUAUAUUUUAACAAGUGGUGAUUGGGCCACUACCUUUUCCUUGAUAAAGUUCUCAUGGGUCCAGGUAUAGCUCACUCAUGAGUGUGCAACAGUCCUUUUGCAGUGAAUGAAGAUUAAUUACACUGAACAAGAGAUGUAGAACAUGAUAAUUCAAAAUAGUAGUUUUAAAUCUUCUAAAUUGCUAAUAUUGCUUAAAAGCAUUGCAGCCUUUGUGAUUGCACUUUCUCUUGGUUUUCCUAAAGUUUGGAAUUCGGGAUACUACCUAUUUUUGGAAAAAUGGCUUCUGGUCAGAUUACAUUUCUUCUAAUAAAGCCUCCAUAAAAAUGAAGGUAAAAUAAUAUAAAUGUCUAUGGAACUAAAUUCCACUACAAAAUUAUGACCAAGGCAAAUGUUUUCAUAAUUAUUACUUUUCAUAAUAAACAUUUCCUUUUAAGAUUGAAUAGAGGCCUAUAAUAUGCUAAGACAAAAAUAAUAUAUAGCUUUAAUUACAUACUAUCUCUCUUGUGACUAUCUGUAGUUUAGAAUUCAUUACAGAAAUUUUCAUUAGUUAAAGUCACAUCAUAAAACUAUUUCCAAAAAAUUAGAGGUAAUGCAAUACUGAAGAUUAGCAGUCUGACCAAAAUAAUUGUUCAGGUCAUCUUUUUUCCUAAGACCUGGUAGUGCUGGAUAAAAAGUGAUUGUUGCCUUAGGUAUUGCAAGCAUAAUGGUUCUAGUACGGGGUGUUUCUUGGGGUUUUUGGUAAUGUUGCAGGGAGCAUAGCAAUGUGUAUAUUUUCUGUCUUCCGUUGUCUUAAAUGUCAGUUGAGUUUUUCUGAUCAGGUUCUCUGGAGAUACAGUUCAGUCACGCUACGUAUUUCUACUUAGUACAUGCCUGCUAGUGUUGUAGAUAGCGAUUCACUUUCUUUAUGCCUUUUGCAUACGGCAAAAAGGAACCAAAUCAAUUUUUCACAAGCUACUGUGGAGUGAACUGAUCAUUCUUAGACAAAGUGAAAAUUCUUUCUUGGGAUCAAAUACAAAAUAUAGAUGUAAGACUGUAAUUCCUCUGUAAGUUUAUGUUCAUGUACAGUAGUAUGUUCUGUAGGAGAAAUAAGCAUGUCGUGGAUUAAAUCUGGCCCCUUUAAUGUUGUUAGAAGCUCUAACACUGAUGACUUGAGGAAUCACGUGCAGUUGAGUUGAAUCCUAUCAUUGCACUCCAAAGCCCAUAUGAGAUGCAGACAUCAAGCUGCUGUCGGUAGCAGUCUGUUAGGGAACCCUGCCAUUACAGGUCAAGGUUGCACAUAUUGUGCAGAUGCCAGUGGAACUGGGGAAGGAAAACAUCCAGGAGGAGGCUGCUGCCCCUUUCUGCAGUGUGCUGGCCAAUGCAGGCGUGCUUUGCCCAAAACCAGGCAGGGCUGCACAUGCUGGCUGCAGGGAGCAGACAUCCUUUUGCCCAGCCAGUCUGUGAUGUGCUACUCAACAGAAAGAAGAUAUUCUUUGUAGGGAGGGCCCUUCUCUGCAGAGUCUCUAGGGAAAGAUAGAUUCUUCUUAUAUAUAGCAGGCCAUCUCAUGGAGCAGCUUGGAAGAGCAGAGCAUGCUUUCCGAUUGAAAAUCAUUCUUCUCUUUAGUAUAUACAGAUGUUUUGUACAGUAGAAAUAGGAUAUUAUUUGUAAAUAUUUACAUGCACAUACAAAUUACACCUUACAGUUUUUAUAUAUUUCUUGUGUUUUUAUACCAGAAUUUUCACUGUAGAGUUGCUUGACAUUAAACACCUGUUUCAGUUUAUCACAAAACUAAUGCUAGGAUGCUUAAGCAUAAUUUCUGCAUGGUUCAGCGCACAAUUUUUUUCUCAACAAUUGUGUUUGCUGUUUUGAAAAAAUUUGAACAGACUUGUUUUAAAAAGACAGGAACAUACAAGUUUUAAUCCAUCCACCUAACAGGACCCUUGGAAUUGCACUAUUUUGCCUUGGCUUUAGAAUGGCAACUAAUAGAAGCUUUCUUUGACUGAUAACUUCCUGUAUUGAUAAUUCACAGAACCGUGAAUUUUCUCAAUCAAAGCUGGACAUCAGUUUUGCUUCCUGGUAUUUUCUUGAUGCAAGUUAAAGCUAGAUUACAGAAGGCACAUCUUCAUUUUAAGCAUUGAAAAUACUGAGAGAUCUGAAUUGAUGUUCCCAGCUCCAAAUGGUGGCAUUAAAUGCAUAUGAACUAACCACCUACACUUGAUGCAUUUCUGAUUUGAUGGCAUGGUGCCUGAGUGCUGCUAUAGUUUAAUAGUUUGUGUAAAAGUGCCAGUGAAAUACAUAUCUUAACUGGGCAGCUUGUGCAACACAGGCAUUGCCUUUUUUACAGGAAAUUUUCACUCAGAUAGUACAUAUGUGCCAUGUCUCUACAGAUACACGGAUUUAAUUAAUUUGUGCCAAUUAAGAGUAUCCGAGGACCAUAGGAAUAUGAGAAUGCAUGUGCAGAUUCCUGUGUGCCAAAGAUGGAGUAAAGUGAAAUGAGUACCUAGGCAUUCCCUUCAGACUGCACCAUAUGCCAUGCUAGAGCAGAUGCCUGGAUAAAGUCACAGUUUCUGAGCAUUUCCAUGACAAAGUGUCACCACUGCAUCCUUGUAAAGCAUAGGAAUGUGAAAUAAGUGUUGCUGCCGCUGUGUUUCUAUGAGUUUCCCAUAUUAGCAGUAUCUAACUGCAGAGGGACCUAAAAAAAUUCCACACUACUACCUAACCUUGCUGUCCCUUAUUUAGCACAUUUGGUGCUGCUUGGGUUUUUUUUUUUCCCUAGAAGUGAAAAACUCAUUAAUGAAAAUCAUAGGCGACUUUUUGUUUAGCAUAGCUGGUUGCUGCAUUUAUCUAGUAACAAGCUGUAAGCUAGAAUUUAGAAACAAGAUCCUGUAGCAUCUCAAACAAUAUGGAAUUAGAUGAUUAAUCAAGAAAUGUAUCUUCCAUGAUGCAUUACUACAGUCCUGGAAGCUAAGGGCCUAGCCCUAUGAAGGAUUUUUUUUAAGGAAAUACCAAAUAAGACUGCUACAAUAAUUGAAGUGACUCAUCACUAUAGUAGGUAUUGUUCACAUGAAAGCUUUGGGGAUUUGGGUCCUAGGAGUAUGCAGUGCAAGAAGUAUAUUGUGCACACUCGGCUAGCUUGCAGUUAUGCAAAGAAAAAUUACAGAAGUAUUAUCUUGACUUUACUGAAAAUGUUACACAGAGUGAAGUGCCUGAUUACUAAUACAGAAUACCUUUUAAGCCCAUUAUUUUCAUUUGACAGGGUAAUAUUUGCUUCUGAAUUUUAUCUAUGGUCUUAAUAUUUUCAGCAAGAAUAUAUCAUAAACAUACUGUAUUGAGAAGCUUUCAUGGGAAAAAAAGGAUAAAAAUGUGUUCUUUUAGAUAGUUUAAAUUAAAACCGCCCUAUCUCCGUGGAAAUUAUAUUAAAAUAAGUACUUUCAUGUUGAAAAUAUUCCAUUUUCUGCAUGAGGAGCCCUGUAAUUCUGGAUUUUGGUCUUUUUUUUUCUCCAUAGGUUUCAGCAAUUUGACUUGACUUUUCUGCUCUUGUCACAAACAGUUCUAGUGUAUCUGCAUGAGAAAAUAGAUUGAUCCCAUUCCAUUUAGAUAUAAGCUAGGCUCUUACUGCACACAAAAACAAUGGUCCAGAGUUUCCUCUCAUCUCUCCCAUGAAAAACUGUUAUACAUGACUUUGUGAGAGAAGUAAGCAAUUUUUCCUUCUCUGCUGUUUAUAAAAAAUAGGCCAUGGCUUAGUCCUUUGAUUGAACCAGUCACUCAGUUUUAUUGUUUGUGGGUUUUUUACAUUUUCAUAUAACUGAAGACAAGAGGUGUUUAUUCACUCCUCAGAAAAAAAUCAUUCUUGAGAGGACUUGCAAGAAAAGGCAUAGACUAUGUCUGAUAGAAGUACUAGAGAACAGGUAGCUGUUCAAAACCAGUCUUAAGUCUCAAAAUAAAUAGAUUGAGCCUUGUUUAUAGGGGGGGCUACAUAAAAUACUGGUUAAUAACAUUCACUGAUCAAACUCUUUAUUGUCCUGGAAAAGUGCAAAGGCAUUUAAGAUUUACAUCCUUAUCCAAGGGUUUGGUCCAAUUUCUUCACUUAUUCUGGUAGAAUGAAGGCAUCUCUUUGCUUCCUACAAAAAUGCAUAUAUCAUGCUGCAUAUUCCCCUCUCAUUUUACUUCAUGCUUUGUUGACUUAUUAUUUUUGUCAGUUAAAAUGUUUAAACAGGCACCAUUUCUAUUAAUUCUAGGUUCUUACACAUAUUUUGGCUAUUCCCAUACCCCACCCAAUUUCCUACCCAAAAGUCAAAACAUUAAGGACGUAAAGGUGAAAUUGUACAUGAAGUGUCAGCUCACAGGUUUCGUUUAUCAGGUAGCUUUCAUGGAUUUCAGCAACGUUUUCACAGUUCUGCAUUUUCCAUCCUUUAUAGCCAGUUUGAGCAAGGUCAUGCUUCCACAAGGGUUUCCAAAGGUAAAAACACUUGUGUGAGGAGGGAUUGUAGUCUACUGGAGUUGUUCCAGGAUGAGUUCCAUGACACAAGGGGAUGGAUUCACCUGAAGGAAAUGUGAAAACUUCCAACUGAACAUUUACCUCUAAUUUCAUCACACAGGCGUUGUUUGACCUUCAGACCUCAGCUGAAAUAUCCCUUGCAGGAAUGUCCUUCAAAAGAUGAUCUUGCAAUGUUUAAAUAUAUUUCUUCAUAAACAGAUCUACCUAUUGAUUUUCUUUUCUACCUUCUGUCUACACUGUCUGUAGGUCAGAUUAGAACCUUAGGUUCCAGAAUAAGAGAUUAAUUCAUUAAUGAAUUCCCAACAGAUUCUUCCAUCCAAGGUAUGUGCCAUAUAUCUUCUGCAUUCAGGUAGCUUUCCACUACAGCUGAGUAAGGAUGUUGUUUCAUUCUCUAGUAAGCAAUACUUACAGUUGAGGGCUCUGUGGUCCUGGAGUGUGGCAGUGGAGCAGAGGAGCUCUGUGCAUGGGUAGAAAUGUCCAGGCUAUCUUUUGUAUUUGCAGGAGACAAAGUUCUGUAAGCUCAGGAUGGAGGAGAAAUUCUGGAAUGAUACAUGUCUGUAAAUGGUAGUUUUUUGCUGUUACAUUAGUUUUAACCAAAGAUAGGCAUUGUUUUUCUGAACCAUUAGGUACUUUUCUUUGAAGUAAUUUUACGUGUAUUUUUAGGAAAUGCUUCUAACAUGGUUGACAGUUGACAGGAUGAGGUGAACAGAAGUAGCUACUGUGCAUUUUCCUUUUCCCUCAUGACAGUCAGUGUAAAGCAAAGAGCUGAGAGAAGGUUACUAUAGAAUCUACAAAAUGGCUGCACAGUAAAAUGGUUUUGCUGCUACUUAACAUAACUGAGGGUUUUAUUACAAAUGAAGUUGUAAUGAAGAUGUUUAUUGUCAAAGUGCAAGGCACAUAUUUUAUAAUGGUAUUCUACUCUUAAAAUUCAGUUUUGUAUUAUAUUGAGUAUGGUACAUAUUGUUCCUGUUGUCUCCUGAAUUUUGAUGUGGUAAAAUGAAACGUGCUCCAUUUUUACUGAAAAAAUAUCACAUACUUAUUGAUUUAAAAUUAGUCUUUGUUGUCAGAUAUUUAGUUUGUUCUUAAAAACAAGGGUUUUUUAAAAAUAAACUAUUUUUACGUAUAAUCUGAUUGCCUAAUAGUUUUAAGGGGCCUAUUUAAUACCAAAGGUAACGCCACCCAGCAAUGGACUUGGAAUAUGACAUUGCCACUUUCCUGGAGUGCCUGAACGGUCAAGAGGUACCUGGAGUCAAUCAAGCAAAACCCAAGCAGUGGUAGUUGUCUGUGUCACCAAGCUAAAGGGUUAGGCACACCUAGCAGUUUCCAAAACAAAUUAGAAAAGGAAAAAAAACAACAGGAAUAGCAUUGAGGCUGAGUCAACAGGCAUAGAGUAGCUCGGAGUCGUAGCUCAUGUUCCUGAAGAAAAGCACAAAGGCUUGCAUUUACUGAUGUGUCUGCUAUACCUGGCCUGGGAACUAACAGAAAACUCAGUGUGCUGUCAAUCCUGUAAACCUUCCAAAGCACAAAAUAGUCACCAAGCUACUUUUGGGGUUUCUAGUUGUAGUUCAGUGAUAUUUUGGAGGGUGGAAAGGACAGAUUUGGAGAAUAAUGAGAAGAUACUAAGUAUGUUUUACAGAUUUUUAUAGCUAUUUUUUUAGCAAAUGGCAUUGCUGUCCUUGACAGGAGACCAUUGAUUAGUAAGAAGUGAUUAUUUUACUCGUGCAGUAUAAAACAGAAUUUAAAAAUCCAAGUUAUCUUGAUUUCCUUUUCCAGGAUAGUGGUUGACUAAACUGGACAGUAAUAGGUCAAUAUAAUUAUUUAGCUGGCUGAAAGAUUUCAUUCUAAAUACUUACUGACCGUAUUAUUUUUUUCCUCAAAUAGAAGCUUCUUAGCAUAAGCAUGAAGCAAUGCAUCAUUUUUUCCCUUAUUGCAGACAUAACUAUUGAAAGGAAAGUAUUCUGCAUUUUUUAAAAUUAAUGCAAAGCCUGAAUUGUUGGAUGUUCCAGGCUACUGAAUAGAUGAUACAGAGUUACUCUCAAUGGAUUUUUUGGGGGUGGGGGCCUAAGUGUCCUUAUAUAAGCUGUGAUCCAAGUUAAAAGAAAGGAGCCUAUGGUGAGCAGUAAUAAUGUUCUAAUGCUUCCUUGCAUUUGAUCAGUAGUUACCAGUUUUUAAUAAAGCAGCCCUCACAGUACUUAGGAGCUUAUAGAACAUAUUGUGAUCUUAAGUUGCUAAUUUGUUUUAAAAUAUAAAAUGUUUUAAGCUUUUUGUCAAAAGUGAUAACAUCCUAUUACAAAUAAACCUUUUUGUGGUUGUAAAAUUUAGCUUAUAAAUCAUUCAAAUUGAAGUGAAAAAAAAACACAGGUCAUUGUUAAUGACAGUCUAUCCUACUAUUAAGAAUAUAUGUAUUUUUGUAAAGGAAAAGCACUUGUAGAUAUUUAAUCAGUCCAAUAUCUAUCUAUGUUAAUGUUUUGGGGGAAAAAAAAAAAAAAAAGAAAACAAAAUGCUGCUUAGAGAAUCACGUAUUUUUAUUUUUUGUGCUUAAAUGCAUUUUCUGGUGAUUUAUGGAAUGUUUAUUCUGUGUGAAGCUGUAUAGUUAGUACAGCUGGGCUAAAUGCAUUUCUCACCUUAAUCAAUUGUAUCUGACUAUGAUAAUAUAUUUUGUGUCCAAUCAGAAAGCAAUUCCAAACACAGGCUUGUGGUGCUGUUUUUCAUCUUUGAUAUUAGCUUCAUCCUGCCUUGGAACUUCUCUACUUCAUAAUAAGUAUAAAAAACGCUAACCAUUUGUGUUUCAGUGGACAUUUCAGGGUAUAUCUGGUUGUUUAGUUGAAUCUUACUAUGCUUACUAACAUUUUUAUAAGGGGACAGAAUUUUACAUGCAGUAUUUCAUAAGCAGUCCCCUGGAUGAAAAAGCGUGCAAGAUUAGUCAAGUUUAAUACUUACCUCCCUUCAAAGGAAACUACUGCUGGGUACAUGGGUGGAAUGUUAAGUGCAUCACUAAAGAUUCUGAGAAUUUGUACAAAUGCUAUUUUUUAAAUGCAGAAUAAUUCACUUCUGGUGAUAUUUUGCAGCUAUUUGAAGCCUCACUUUCAACUGUAUUUUGAUUCAUCAUAAUGCAUUAACAUAGUUUUGAGGAAGAAAAGAUACAGUAAAGAAUUUUAUUAAAGUAUAGUAAAGACUGGCAACCAUAUUUAUUUGUGUACAUAUUAGUGCACAAUCCAAAAUCUUUUUACUUAUUUCUGUGGGAUUCUUCAGGGAUCUACUUCAUGGGUCUUCAGCUUGGCCUCAGACUUUCUGUAAUUAUCCUUGUAGCUGGGACUUGAAAUAAGCCAGACUUCCCACUUCCUCACUCAAUUUCCUUUCAUGGGUGACUAAUAUUGUUUAAAUUUACUCUUAUUAUAUUAACCUUCUCAUAAGUAAGUUUUGCAAUAAUGAGUGUGUACACUAGCAGUAGAAUUCAUUGGUAGGAACUCAGCUGAGUAAAUAAUUGUGUCCUUGACAAACCGGGGGAGAAUUUUACUCAGAUUAUGAACACUUGAAAUGGCAUUCUCUCAUUUAUGUUCAUGCUUCACAAAGAUCUGCAGUUGAUCAGGAUUUGAUGUGUUUUAUUACACGAACAUUGUCCAUUUUUAUAUUUUUAAUUAAGAACUAAUUUCUGUCGUGUUUCAUUAGGAUCAACAUCUCAGGGUCCACAAAGUAGCAGUUUAAAAUCCAUUUGAUCUGAGUGCAAUACCAGUACUGCAAGCUUGUAUCAUUUGAAGAACCAAAUAUGUUGUGUUUUGAAGUACUUAAAAAAGCACUGUCAAUUUCACCCAGUUCUACCAAAGGAAUGUGAGGAGUUUUUUAAUCUCAAAUCUGAGUGUGGCCCUAGAAAAAGUGAGACACUUGUAACUGAGUCAGCACUAGUGGUCAGUUUUCCAUUUAGGGAUGGGAAGUGCUGGUACUUGGGGUUUUUUGGCAAAGCCCCAUGGUUGUGCCUCUUGGUGUAGAGAGAAGCCUGUUCAAAUCUGCAUCAACAUUUGUAAGCAAGAUUUAUUUUGAAACAACAGUUCCUGCAAACCCUGUGAAUGGGCUUCUAGAAUCUUGUGUAUAAAUUUAUCAGGUAUGUAAUGAUUUUUCUAAUAGUGAACUACCUGUAGGGCUCAGUACUGGUGAUGUUAAAUUGCGUGUUCCCUGCUAAUGUCAAGAAGGUUUACAGCACCUGUAUAAUGCUUGAUAACAAAUGACAAUUUGGCCUGACCUGUAUGCUGCAAGAUGCCUCUAGCCCAGUUGGAUUAAUUUUAUGAAAAAUCUAGAUGAGCAAGAAGUAUAACUAAUCUGCUUACUAGCACUGAAUUGCUCCUUUCUCAAAGCAAUAAAUAUAUUCAUGUUGUAACAUCUGUUGUGCAGCCUACAAUACGAGUUGUUUUGUUGCAUUGUUUCUAUAUAAUUUAUUUUGUGCAAUAAAAAAAAAUCUCUGGUUUUAUCUGA